CGCCAAGACUGUACCUUUUUCCGAUACGGGAGUAGACUAUACUUUUUAGAUCUCUUUUUGAUUCUGACUACUGAUGAAAGCUGGGAAUGCGCAUGAGCAUUUAUCUGUAACAUGGUCAGAUCUUGUAUAAAUAGGUGCAGCAUCCUCUGCUGUAUCUAAUGCCUGAAUCUCAGCAUCACCUACCUUCAGUCCAAGUCGCCAUCGCUUUCAUUCUUCCUCUCACUCCACUGCUCGUCUAAUAUUUCCCAACACAAUGUUCUGGGCCAAGGAACAAGACUUUGACCCCAAAGACAUGCCAUCUCUGGAAGGCAAAGUCAUCCUCGUCACAGGUGCCACUGCCGGUCUAGGCAAAGAAUCCGUCCUCCAAUUCGCACACCGCAAUCCCCAGCGCAUUUAUCUCUGCGGUCGAAGCCUGCAAAAGGCACAACUUGCAGCCCAAGAUAUCAAGCACCAUGUCCCAUCAGCUUCAAUCAGGUUGCUCCAUCUUGAUCUUUGCUCGUUCGCCUCUAUAAAGGAAGCAGCGCAGAUCGUGCUCUCGGAAUGCCAAAGACUCGACAUCUUGAUGCUUAAUGCAGGCACCAUGUUUGUCCCUCCCGAUCGUACCCUAGAUGGUUAUGAGAUUCAGUUCGGCACAAAUCAUAUGGGUCACGCUCUCCUCACCAAACUACUUAUCCCGCUGCUCAGCAAAACAACACAUAUACCUGGUGCAGACGUGAGAAUCGUGUGUCUUGCAUCCCAUGGACACGUCUAUCGGAACAAAGGCGGUAUCAACUUUGAGACCCUCAAGACUAACGGCGAGUCGAUUGGUCUUUAUCAAUGCUACUACCAGAGCAAGCUUGCCAACAUCCUCUGGGCGCGCCAGUUGGCCAAGAAGUAUCCAGAUUUCACAGUAUCUGCAAUCGAUCCUGGUUUGGUGAACACAGAGUUGUUGGGGAAGGCAACGGGUAUUGCCUGGUACUUGUAUGCAGUGGUUAGAUGCAUGUUGAUCACACCCGUUGCAAAGGGCGUUAGGAAUCAGCUUUGGGCGUCGGUUGCGCCGGGUGUUGUUAGUGGAGAGUACUAUGAGCCGAUUGGGAAGCAUGGCUUAGCGACGGAGGAUGGUAGAGAUGAUGAAUUGGCAGAGAAGCUCUGGGGAUGGACUGAAAGAGAGUUGGUUUUAGUUGAAUAG